CUUUAUUCAGUUGACACCAAGUAGGAGGGCUUUAUGGAGGGAGGAAAAAAAGACAACUCGAGAAAAAUUAGUAUUUUCUACCUUCAGAAAUUAAUGGCCAUGAGUUCGUAUAUGGUGAACUCUAAGUAUGUGGAUCCAAAAUUUCCUCCCUGUGAGGAAUAUUCACAGAACAGCUAUAUACCUGAUCAGGGCUCGGACUACUACAGUCCAUCGCAGGACACAGACUUUCAGCAUCCAGGGAUCUACCCACGGUCAAACUACACGGAGCAGCCCUUCAGCUGCAACACUGUGCAGGACUCCUCAGUGCAGCCACGGGGUCAUGUGCACGAGAGAGCCAGCCACACGAGCCCUUUUACCGCACAGACUGAGCAAGGGCCCCCGGUCCAAAUGGCCGGACCCCGGACUUGUGGACAGCAGCAAAACACAAAGAGUCAAAAUGGGAUUCAAGCCAAGCAGCCUGCAGUAGUUUACCCCUGGAUGAAGAAAGUCCACGUAACUACUGUGAACCCGGACUACACAGGAUCUGAGCCCAAACGGUCCAGAACAGCGUACACCCGGCAGCAGGUUUUGGAGCUUGAAAAGGAGUUUCAUUUUAACAGGUAUCUGACAAGGCGGCGACGGAUUGAGAUUGCCCACACUCUUUGUCUCUCCGAAAGGCAGAUCAAAAUUUGGUUUCAAAACAGAAGAAUGAAAUGGAAGAAGGAUCACAAACUACCCAACACUAAAGGCAGGUCUGCAUCAGCCUCCAGCCAUCUGCAAAGUAUCCAGAAGGAUAACCAGACUGAUAUCACAACUUUAUAAGAGAGGAAGGGGUCUUGUCUCUGCAAAUUAACUGUACAUAAAAAAGACAAAGGUUGCAUUUGACUUUUGCAUGGACUGAUGUCGUUUUUAGCCAUUUCUAUUUAACAAAAAAA